GAAGUUUCGGCAGUUGAAGCUGAUGAAGGUAGUGGAGGACAGCGAAUUACCGCACUGCAAGCUGCAUGGAAUGUAACCAAUGCCAUACAAGGAAUGUUCAUCGUCGGCCUACCAAUCGCUGUUAAGCUCAUUGUGGCCCGCCCACUUCGUGCUGGUAGUAGGCAGUGUCCGACGUUCAACAACAAAGUAUCUGUACUGAAGGUUGGCGGCUGGUGGACGGUUGCAGCGAUUAUCGGUGUCGCCUAUCUGUGCUACUGGACAGGGGUUUUGCUUAUCGAUUGCCUUUAUCAAAAUGGCACCAAAGCACUGCUGUCUUAUUACAAAGCAGUAGCGUAA